CAGUAAACACACUGAACCGGGCUCACUUACACGCACAUUCACAGGCUCUCAGCCCUCACACGGAGAUGAAAUCGUCUCUCCUCUCAGUCCUAAUUCUUGUUCGAGAGUCUUCUCAUUUCACACCUCCUCCGUCGUCUUCGAUCUCAGCGCAAUCAAGCCAAGUAACAAACCACCCUUCAGCAAUUUGGUGUAUGUAUCCUAAAUUAUAAAAUCACCUCUCAAAAAUUUCAGAUGGGUGAGAACGAGUUGGGUUUCUGAAUGAUGCUCGCUAACACAAUGAGCUCCUCUUCUGCUGCUGCUUCAUCAACUUCUUCUCAACUCACUUCCUCCAAAGACGAAUUUUUCUGGGGCUACCUUUUCGUUGCAAUCGGCUUUGUCUUCUUUGUCAAUUUUCUCUUUGCAGCCGUUGUGUCCAAGCUCCUUUCCUCGUCCAACAACGCCCUGAUCUCUGCCAUUCAAAACGACUGGUUUUACUGCUUCUUAGUGCCUCUGACUCUCCCUGUCCUUGUGGUUGCUGUAUAUUUUCAUUGGCUCAGUAUGAAAUUGUUCAAGCACGCAUGAUUUUUACUUGAAGCCAUCAGGUCUGAAAUCUCUCUGCUUAUUACUAUUUUUUGAAGAACAAGAAACUAAAAUUAUGUCUACUUAUUUCCUUCACAAAGUACGCAACAUUUAAUUUCAUACUCAUUGAUAUUUACAUC